AUGAUAGAACAAACAAUUAAUACAUUCAAAAACACUGAUAGUUCAGUUAAAGCCGGAGAUUUAAUUUUAUCAGAAGAACCUUUCGCUUACACACUUUCCUCCACAGAAAAUGGAAAUAGAUGUGACUAUUGUCUCCAAAAGUGCAAAGUGCGGAAGUGUUCAGGUUGUCAGUUUGUACAUUAUUGUGGGAAAAGUUGCCAAAGAGCAGCAUGGGAUGAUCAUAAGUGGGAGUGUGCUAACAUAAAAAAAGUAGCACCAAAAGUAAUUCCUGAUGCAGCCAGAUUGCUGGUUAAAAUAAUAAAUAGACUAAAAUAUGGAGACGGAACCUCAUACAAAGUAUUUUAUACACGGACAUCAUUUAGGAUGUGGAAGGACCUUAUGUCACAUUAUUCCGAUUUGAAAAAAGACAAGAAACGCAUGGAGCAUUUCACGUCACUUUGCGGCGUACUUUAUGAUUUCUUGAACGAUAUAUCGUUACCUAAUACAGUGGAUCUCAUGGGAUUAUACGGCAGAAUGGUAAUAAACAGCUUCACAAUAUUAGACAAUGACUUGAAUUCCAUCGGAUCUGGUGUGUACAUCGCUGCGUCAAUAAUAGACCACAGUUGUAAUCCCAACGCAGUCGCCACUUUUGAUGGAAGGAAGAUUAUCGUUAGGGCUCUUGUGGAUAUGCCCAAGUUUGACUGGAAAAAGAUCAGGAUAUCGUAUAUAGAGCUAAUGAAAACACCAUUUGAUCGACAGAAAGAGCUCUUACAGAGUUACUAUUUUGUUUGCCAGUGUGAGAAGUGUUUGAAUAUCGAGCAGUUAAAAUAUGUUCACGCAGCAAAAUGUUUGAAACAAGAAUGUGAUAAUCCUGUUAAUGUACAUUGGCAGAAAAACUGUAGAUUAGUAAUCGUGGAAAAAUGUGAGAGAAUUAGAAGAAUUCACGAAAGUAUUCUAAAUGGUGAAAAUAAUUAUGACGAAGAACUUGAAGAUGGCAAUGGUGAUAUUCAAAAUGGCGAUGACAAUACUAUCGAGAACGGUGUUGCCAGUGAUAUUGCAAAUCGUGUUGACGAAAGUGUUGGUGAAAUAAAUUGUGAUGACAAAAACGUUAAUAAGAAUGUGGUGUGUUCAAAAUGUGGUACGAAAUAUCCAGAUGAAAGUAUAGAAGUUUUUAAAGAAGUAAUGAGUUGCUCAGAAACCAUUUUGUUGGAUAUGAAGAACACAAGUGUGGCUUACAUGGAAGUAUGUAAAUGCUGCAUUCAGAAACAAAAGGGAGUGUUACAUCCAUUGAAUGUUUUUUACGCUCAAAUAUUAGAGCAAUGCUUCGAUGCAUUCGUAAACGUACAAUUGUGGCAGAAGGCGUGCGUAUACGCAGAGGCGUUGUUGCCAUGUUUUAGGUUUUAUUAUGGACCCCUUCAUCCUCUUCUUGGCUUACUACACUUAAAAUACGGAAAGAUUCUGCUCUACAAAAUGGACUUAAAAAGUGCUCUUCAACAGUUAAAAAGUGCAGAAAAAAUAUUAAAAAUAACACAUGGGGACACACAUCCACUCUACAAAGAGCAGUUACUGCCCCUGUUACACCAAGCUUUUAUAGAAACUUCAUAG